AUGAGUUUGGGAAGGGCUCCCCGCUACAGUAUUGUGUCCUCCGAAGAAGCCCUGAGACUAGGGAAAAUGGCCGCUGUGGGCAGCUUUGGCAACGGAAAGAUCAACACACGUCGUAAAUGCCACAGCAGGUUCGUCAACAAGUCAGGACAAUGCAACAUUCACUUCUCGAACAUGGACGAAAAGUCCCAGCGGUACAUAUCGGACAUCUUCACCACCUGUGUGGACAUCCGCUGGCGAUACAUGUUUUUGGUCUUCAGCCUGGUCUUUGUGGUGUCCUGGCUAUCAUUUGGUCUAGCGUUUUGGACCAUUGGCCUAUUACACGGGGACAUGGACCGCUCUUCGGGAGAUGACAGCUUUGUCCCUUGUGUAAUGCAGGUGAACACCUUUGUGGCGGCGUUCCUGUUUUCCAUUGAGACACAGACAACCAUUGGCUACGGUGCCCGGUGUGUUACGGAGGAGUGCCCCGCUGCUGUCUUCAUGGUGGUCUUACAGUCCAUCGUGGGCUGCAUCAUAGAUGCAUUUAUGAUCGGCGCUAUCAUGGCCAAGAUGGCACGACCCAAGAAGCGUGCGGAGACUCUGCUGUUCAGCCACCACGCAGUGAUCGCCAUGCGGGACGGAAAGCUGUGCCUCAUGUUCAGAGUUGGUAACCUCAGGAAGAGCCACAUUGUGGAAGCUCACAUCAGGGCCCAGCUUGUUAAGCCCCGUAUCACGGAGGAGGGGGAGUACAUCCCCCUUGAACAGAUCGACAUGAACGUAGGAUACGACAAAGGCACCGACCGCCUCUUUGUGGUCGCGCCCCUCACCAUCAUACAUGAGAUCGAUGAGGAGAGCCCAUUGUUCGGCAUCAGCAAGCAGGAUCUGGAAACGUCAGACUUUGAGAUUGUCAUCAUCCUUGAAGGGAUGGUGGAAGCCACAGCCAUGACCACGCAGGCUCGCAGCUCUUACCUGUCUUCGGAGAUCCUGUGGGGUCACCGCUUUGAGCCGGUGAUCUUUGAGGAGAAGAACCGGUACACGGUGGAUUACGCGUACUUUCACAAAACUUUCGAGGUGCCAUCCACCCCGCGAUGCAGUGCCAAGGAUAUGGAGGAGAGGAAGUUUCCAGCAUCUGGUGCCAACUCCUUCUGCUAUGAGAAUGAGCUGGCAUUCAUUGGCAGGGAUGAGGAGGAGGCAGGGGAGGGAGCAAGGAAGGAGGACAGAAAGGCUUUUUCAGAGUUGGUGAAUGAGCUGGACACUUGCGGACAAGAUCAAAAGUCCUCCCGAAAAGAAUCCGAGAUAUGA